AUGACAGAUGCCACUGCUGAUUCGUCGUCUAUAUUUACCCGCAAACCUCGUAAAGGUUAUCCUGCUCAGAAAUCCACAGAGAAUGAAAAAAGGACCAAGGGUCGAGGUGAAAUUUACUACUUGCCACUAUACAAAGCUGCGUUGCAAGGUAAGUGGGAAGAUGCAGAGAAAAUAAUUAAAGAUGAUAAGAAUGCAAUGGUUGCCGAGGUUAGCAGCGCGAAGGAAACCGCUCUCCACAUUGCAGCGAGCACAGGUCGUCGCUCCAUAAAAUUUGUAGAGAGGCUUGUGGAUUCAAUGGACAAAGAUUUAUUGGGACAACCAGAUAAAGAUGGGGACACACCACUUCACUAUGCUGCUUUAGUUGGUAACACAGAGGCUGCGACGAUCUUGGUGGAAAAAAACCCAGCAUUGCUGCAUAAAACAAACAAUAAUGGUCUUACGCCACUGCAUGCAGCUGUUAUGAGUGGCCAAGAGAAAAUUGUAUGCGAUAUCUUAAAAAUGACUAGUGUUGAGGAUCCAUGUUUCACUGGACAGGCUGGUGUCAAACUUCUCAAUCUUUUGAUCACUGCUGAUUUCUACGAAAUUGCUUUUCAACUGCUAAAGCGAAAUCCUUCCUUAGCACUUAAAACGGACAAAGAAGGACUAACUGCCCUCCGGAAAUUGGCUCUAAAGCCUGGCGCGUUCAAAAGUCGAAGUCAGAAAGGAAAUUGCUGGAGCUUGUUCAAUCAUUGUUGCUCUCACAACUCUGCUUGUAGAAGCAGUUACCCUCAAGGUGGUGAUGUGGAAAAUGCAAUUGGUAGUUCAGAAAAAGGCCUUACAAGUCCAACCAUAGUGAAAAAAAUGUCCAAGCAUACACAAGCGCUUAAGCUACUUCGGCUCUUGAUUGAUGAAACUUUAAAAGUGGAUAACGCAUCAAAAGUUAGGAGGCUAUUAUUACCUCCAGUGCGGCUUGCUGCUCGAUGGGGGAUUCAUGAGUUUGUUGCAGAGGUUAUCAAAGCCUACCCUCAAUCACUUUGGUUAUUAGAUGAAAAUGGAAUGAGUUAUUUUCAUUUGGCAGUAAAAUAUCGCCAUGAAAACAUUUUCGGUCUCCUUUGCCAUCAAAUGAGUUCUCGGAAGCAUUUUAUAACCACAUCACUAGACGGAUUUGGCAAUAACUUGCUGCAUUUGGCAGGGGAAUUGCAGCCAUCAGAUAAGGUUUCCGGUGCUGCGCUGCAAAUGCAACGAGAGUUGCAAUGGUUCCAGGAAGUUGAAAAGGUUGUCCAACCCUCAUACAAAGAAAUGAAAAACAGAAAAGGUAAAACUCCAAGAAUGGUGUUUACUGAGGAGCACAAGGACUUACUCAAACAAGGUGAGAAAUGGAUGAAGGGCACAGCUUCAUCGUGCACAGUUGUGGCAGCACUCGUUGUCACAGUUGCAUUUGCUGCAGCUUUCACUGUGCCAGGAGGCAAUACUAGCGAUCAAGGGAUCCCAAUUUAUUUAAAUGAAGCAGCUUUCCUCAUUUUUGCAAUAUCAAAUGCAUUUGCUCUUUUCUCUUCAUCCACCUCAUUAUUGAUGUUUCUGGGCAUACUUACAUCACGCUACUCAGAAUAUGAUUUUCUCAAAGCCUUACCAAUGAGGAUGAGCAUCGGUCUUAUCUCAUUAUUCUUUUCCAUAGUGUCCAUGCUCGUUGCUUUUGGCUCAUCCCUUCAAAUAGUUCUAUCUCAUCGUGUUAAUUGGAUUUGGGUUCCAAUUAGCUUACUAGCUUGCGUGCCAGUCACCUUGUUUGCAAUUUUGCAGUUCCCUCUUUUAGUUGAAAUAGUCUCAUCCACAUUUGGACCUGGCAUUUUCCGCAAACGAAAUGAUGAAAUAAUCAUGUAAUCGUGGAGGUGGAGAAAUGACUUCUGAAGAUAUCUCCUCCUCUGUUUACCUGCCUUUAUUUCUCUUGUUUUUUUUUAUAAUAUUUCUUUGUCUUU